AUGGUCUCACCAGAAGCUCUUUUAAAACUCGACGCUUCCCAGCUUCCUCUCCUGGGAUCUCUUCUUUCUGUCUGCAUCGCUCUCUACUUUCUCAAAUCUCGCAUGUCUUCUUCUGACUCCUCCGACAACAUGCCUUCUGCUAAGGCUAAGCGCACUGUUCUCAUCACCGGCUGCUCUGAUGGUGGUAUGGGUGCUGCCCUGGCUCUUGCCUUCCACAAGGCUGGCUUCAACGUUAUCGCUACCGCGCGUAAUCCCGACAAGAUGACCAAAUUGAAAUCCGCCGGUGUCGAGACCAUGGCCCUCGACGUUCUGUCUGAUGCCUCCAUUGCUGAGGCCGUCUCCAGGAUUUCCUACUUGGAUAUCCUUGUCAACAACGCCGGUACCUCCUACAGCAUGUCCAUCACCGACAUGUCUCUCGAAGAGGGCAAGAAGGCGUUCGAGAUCAAUGUCUGGGCUCAGCUCAACGUUACCAAGGCAUUCUUGCCUUUUCUCCUCGAAUCCAAGGGCAUUAUCGUCAACCAGACCUCGGUCGUCUCCACCAUGGCCGUUCCCUUUCAAUCUGCCUACAACGCCUCCAAGGCCGCCAUGGCUAUUUUCUCCGACUCCCUGCGCCUCGAACUCGAGCCCUUCGGUGUUACCGUUGUGGAGCUCAAGACUGGCGCCGUCAAGACCAACAUGAUCAAGAACCAGAAGGAAAACACCCAAAUCUCCUUGCCCGCCGAUUCCAUCUACGCUCCUGCGAAGGAAGCUGUGGAGAGCGCAAUGCGCAACGACAAGAUGAGCGACUUGGGUACGCCUCCUGACCGCUGGGCUGCUGAAGUUGUCGGCGACUUGACCAAAAAGAAGAUCCCCGCUAUGAUCUGGCGCGGAUACAACGCCAAAGCCGGUCGUCUUGGAACAAUCUUCCCUCAUGGAAUGAUGGAUUCCACCCUCAAGAAGAUGACUGGGCUGGAUGUUGUUGAGCAGAAGGUUAAGAAAUAG